AUGGCGUCCUUAAAGCUCCUUCACGACAAUCCGGGGCAGCACGGUGCCGGCCUCGUGCAGCAGCUGCGCAAGCUCUGGAUGGAGGGCCACCUCUGCGACCUCGUGCUGAAGAGCCGCGAUGGCUCUGAGCAUCGAGCCCACACCACUGUACUCGCUGCAGCCAGCAUCUACUUCAGGAAUCUCCUGUGUGGAUCCUUCCUUGAAGCAGAUCGGGUGCAGCAGGGUCAGCCAGUGGAGCUGGCCGCCUCGAAGGAGGCGGUGUCCUCUUUGCUCGAGUUCAUCUACGGCGGGGAACCCGAGCUGCCGCUGGAAGCGGGUCUCGAGCUUCUUCGACUGGCCCAGGCCUACGAUCUGCCGACGUUGGCGGGUGCAGUGGACGCCAGCUUCAGAGCUUCCAUGGACAGCAGUGUGGCCCUGCAAGUUUUACAAGAGGCCUACGGCCUCCAUGAGUUGAAGUCGGUAUGUGAGGGCAAACUGGCUGAGGACUUCGAGGCUUGCAGCAAGCAUCCAGACUUUGGAAAGCUCAGCGCCACGCAGCUGGCCCGAAUAUUGAAGAGAGACGACUUGACCGUAUCCCGCGAGGAGGCGGUGCUGCAGGGGCUCUUCUUCUGGCUCAACAUCUCCAAGGACAGACAUGACUCCCUCGGCAUGCUCCUGCAACAUGUGGAUUUCCAAUCGAUUUCCGUUGAGAAUCUGCUUCGAAUCGGCCGCUUCUCCCUUGGGGGUCAAUGUGGUGACGACCUACACCGGGAAGCGGAUGAGGCUUUGCGCAUGCGGGAACGGAAGAGGUCCACAAGUUUACAGGACUUUCGGCCGAGGAGGCGCUGUUUCCAACAUUGGUCACCAGAUUUAGGUGCCAGCACUGAACCCCCAGGACGCAAAGUCUGGCCAGCACCCUGCAAUUCCAUGUGCUGGUACGAAGAUACCAUAUAUGCGACGGACUUCCGCGGAAGCCGAGUCCUCCGCCUGAGGCCUGGCGACCCUCAGCACUACACUGUCGUGGGUCCAAGCACCCACGUGGCUGGAAUAAAGGAGCUGGGAAUCGACUGUGACCUAUCCAUCUCACCCUCCGGCGUAAAGUUCGUAGCUGAUUUUAAGAACAGAAGGGUUGUUAGGUUCGCGGAUGAGAUCGGUAUAGUGCUGGACGACAUUGAUGCAACAACUCUCACCUGCUCGCCCAACGACGAAGCGCUUUACGUGGUGAGCCAGUACGGAGAAGCAGUGCAGAAGUUGGUUGGCUCAACACUCCAGACGGUCGUUUGCUCCGAGAGCCUUCCACGAGACAUGCGCUUCUCAGGGAUUGGGAUAUUCGUCACAAAGGAAGAGGUGAUCUACCUUAGUGAUGGUAUGGGCGGCCGCAUUCUCUGCAUCAAGCCAGGUGAAUCUGUACCUGUUGUGGUGGGGCAAUUUCCAGUUGAGUCCGAGGCCGAGCUCUGGGAUCUCUUCGUGACGGAUGGUGGAACCAUCUACGUUGCCGACCACACAGAGAGGAAGGUGCUGGCCCUGCGGCCGGGCGACACGACUUUCACGGAAGUCCUGCGCUGUCCGGAUCCACUCCUGCCCCUGGCAGUUCUGGUUCAGGACAGAUCGCUGUAUGUGAGCAUGGCAACCUGGAGUGAGAACGCGAGUGACUCUGAGCACGCGGGCGUCUACGAGUACGUGUUGCCGCCCGAGCUUCAGCUGGAGUAA